CGUCUCCUUUUUGAAGGAUACGAAGGUCAAGAAAACACAACAGGUGCAAAGGUUGAAAAGUGCUCGUUCCUUUCAGAGCAGGUAGACUUAGAGGAAGUUUCUGACUGAAAACGUUGAACUCAGAAGAGACAGACACAAUGUUCAGGAUUUCCCUAGUGUUGGGUGUUUCGUUGCUCCUUGGUGUUGCAGCAAAGCCCUGGGAUAAGCAUACUGAAAAAGCUUUCCAGGAAACUUCAAUGUUCAAACAUGACAAAGGUGAACCAUUCCAGAGGGUGGAGGUGGAGCCACCUGAAGACAUGGAUAAGACUGAUUACGACGUCGACCCAAGAAUGAGGAUAUGGAAAAGCAUGAGAGCUGGUAAACUGGACAAACAGCCCGAGAGGCCCAGAGACGGCUUGGAUGAGCUCCAUCUGCCCUCACUGUCUGAGAUCAACAUAGUUCAAAUCCAAAAAGUGGACCCCCACUCCGACAUUUCAAUAAAGUCUUUGCAGGAAGAUGCCAAAUUCAAAGCUGUGGGGGGUGAAGAUGGUAUUGAUCGGCUUGUUGUGAAAUUACCUGAACCUGACAUGGAUGAAAUCUACCACAAAAUGAGAAAGGGAGAGGAGGCUGCUGGACACUUGGGUCCAAUUGUGGCUAAAAACAACCAUAAUGCUGCUCUAGAGAUAAAUGUGGACCAGACUCGGAAAACAGUUCAUCUUGAGCCAGAGGAGGACAUGGAUGACAUCUACCACAGAGACACCUUCAACCUAGCUCUUCAUCAAGUGGACACCAAAGCUGCAGCUGCAUCUGUCCACAUGCCAACACAGAGAAGGCACUCGGAACCAGAGAAAGAUAUGGAUUCCAUCUACCACAGAAACACCUUCAUCCCAGCCUUUCACCAAGAAGACACCAAACCUGCAGCUGCAUUUGUCCAUAAACCACCACAGAAAAGACACACUCAACCAGAACAAGAUCUGGAUGCUGUCUACCACCGCUGAGUCUGCAAAAACUCUGUCAUCAAAAUCACACAGUUUCCUUGUCAGGGACUGUGCUGCUUAAUUAGAUUCUGUUAAUAAAGUUUAUUUAAACACUCUUAAAA